AUGGCCAUCUUCGCGUCCUCAGCUGUACGCCUACUCAUCGGCCUCACAGUCGCACUCACCUUUAUCGCCUUCUUCACACCAACAGGCUACAUACCAGACGCCGCGUUAUCAUUCAGGAUGCCAGCUGCACUAAAAAAGCUCGAUGUCUCCAUCACCCAGGAGGAAAAGGAUCCUGUUCUCAUCCGCGCAACCGUCAGGAACAACAAUGACGAGCCCGUCACCAUUCUCAGCUACGGCUCACCCCUGGACCCCUUGGGCAUUUCUCUUGGCAUUCUCUACAUCACACCAAAGGGCGACAGCAAACCACUUGACAUCAUGCAGAUUGAAGCAUCACGGCUCUGGCCGCCUGCUGAUGAUGCUCUAAUUGAGAUUCUGCCUGGCCGAGCAGCAAUUUGGGAAUUCACCCUCCAGGAACCUGUUGUCCCGAUGGACAAGGUUUUUGAGGGGGCGGCCCUGCAGCUAAAGGGGACGUGGAAUGCUGUGUGGACAAAGGAGAAGAAGAAUGUGGACUACACAUCAUUCGAGGAGGGCACACCAGCAAACGAAACUCUAACAGGGCCAUUCAAGUCAAACAUCAUCGACAUUGAAGUCGUAUAG